UGGCUUUAAGCGAAACCCGCCAAACUAAGGCAAGCGGAAGAAGAACGCGACGCAUCAUCGCAGCUUCCGGCGGCACUAUGGCGGCUCACGCGAGUGAACUGGAGAUAGCGAAGAAGAACUUAACCGAUGCAGUCGGAGACAACGUCAAACAUUACUGGGCCAAUCUCAAGCUGUGGUUCAAGCAGAAGAUCAGCAAGGAGGAGUUCGACCUGGAGGCGCGGCGUCUGCUGGCUCAGGAGAACGUCCAUGUUCACAAUGACUUCCUGCUGGCCAUCCUCACCCGCUGCCAGAUCAUCGUGUCCACGUCAGAGGGCACCAGCUCGCUGCAGUGGAACAGCGGAUCCACAUCCAAACCAGGCAAACCCAACCGAGGCAAAAAGAAGUUUCCCUCCGUUCGGCAGAAAUUCGAUCAUCGCUUCCAGCCGCAGAACCCUCUGCAGGCGGCGCAGGCCUUCAGUCCUCGAGAAGCAGCGCUGGAGGACGAUGAGCUGAGACUGAGUGCUCACACACUGCUGCUGCCCACCAGAGGACAGAUGGAGGCACGCAUGAUGGUCACCGCCUUCGAGAUGGGCCUGGACAACGUGAGCGAGGAUGCCGUCAGCACCGUGUUCUGCGCGCUGGAGGUGCAUUUGAAGGAUAUCAUCAGCGCUCUGGUGUCGCGGAGGAAAGCCUACCGUCUGCGUGAUGGUCACUUCCAGCAUGCGUUCGGCAGUGACGUGACGCUGCGGCCGUACCUGAAGAACAGUCUGCCGGCGUACCACAGCGUCACUGAAUGUCCUCCUGCGAGCGCAUCGCUCCCCGCCGGGCCUCCUCCUCAGCUGUUGCUGGAUGAUGCGGAGCAGCAGGCUGCGCUCCUGCUGGCGUGUUCUGCUGACAGUGUCCCGCCGUCGCUGCCGCCCAUCAGUGUGUUCGACCUGCUGGAGGCGCUACAGGUCCAGCGGCGGGUGAUGCCGUCUCACAGCAUGUACGCCCUGAACAUGGAGAGGAUUCUGGCCCGGCUCUGGCACCCGAGUCACGAGGAGCUGGAGCAGGACCACAUCCACCGCCAGCGUCUGGCCAGUAAAGAGGGGCUACUGGUCAGCUGACCGAUGAUGAUGAUGAAGAACGGACGCACCACAUCACUGCAUCAGUCCCAUCCUCCUCCUCGACGCCCGUAUUAAAAAAAAACAUGUGAUUUUGUAAAUAAUUGUGUAUUGUUCUAGUUUAUGUAAGAAUUAAAAAAAAUACUCCGCUGAACUGUUGUGCCGUUGUACAUGUCAGUAUUUUAUAGUUUUUUUUUUUUUGUUCUCUUUAAUUACUGAUGCAGCACAUCUCAUUGCCUUUAGAGGCAAAGUAAAAAGAAAGGAAUGAAUAUCUUACACAUUAGAAUUUCUUACAUGAUCACAUUCAGCUGUUUAAAAGUUUAAUACAGCAUUAACACCGGCUUUCAGGGGUAACGGAUCUUCAUCUCUUGUGUCGUACAGUACGGGUCAGCAGAAGCUCUGCAUGCCAUCAUGUGGUCCGGUUCAUACUGUUCAGCGCCUGUAAACACCAUCCUCUGGGAAUAUUGUGCCGUCCAGUGACUUAACAUGUAGGAGUCACUAAUAAGCAGCAUGAGUUCAGGCUCAACAUUUAACAAAAGUCUGGCUUCAGUUCAAGUGCUGAGGUCAGCUGUGUGGUUUUCUGAGAUUAUUGUAAGUGAAAUUACUCGCAUGCAUAUUUAGACAUUGGAGAUGUGCGUUAUGUCACUGUUUGCUUGGGCUUCAUUGUUUCUCUGCUGAUCUGCAUCAUGAAUUCACCUCAAAUAAGCCACUUUUCUGUAAAUAACCUUUUACAUGAGUAUUUUAUGUUGAAAAUGUCAGAAAAAGACAAAGAGAAGAAAACCAAAUGCUCUUGUAAUACAUUACGGUUAUUUGUAAUGUAUUUUAGAAGUCUAGUGGUUAUGGAUAUGUGGUUAUUAGAGUAGAAAAAGAUUCAAGAAGUAGUGAAAUGUGGUCUAGUAGUAUUCUGUAAAUAUGUGUGCAUUCAGACCAGUGGCCAUCUGACAGCCUUCUGUCAACUUUA